GAAAUCUAUAUUCAAAGUAAUUCUAUGUUUAAUAGUUGUAUUCAUAAGUUAAUUAAAGCUAAAUCACCAUGGAAAACCCUUCUCUGAAUUCUAUGUUUGCUAUUUUAUCAUUUAUAAAAGAUCUCAUCUAUUUCGAUAAAAUCUAUUUGUUUUCUUUUUUUUCCUUUGAUUCAGAUGAUCGAUCUGGAUUGGCUUUUCCUUUAUCAAGUAUUAACAUUAAUAAUAAUAGUAAUAAUUCUGUCAGUGGAUUCGGCAAUCCUUCUGAUUUUAUUGAAAAUCAAUCACUUUCUUCUAACAUAAAUAAUAAUACACGUGGUAGUAACAAGUUAUCAGAAUUUGAUAUUGGACAAACUAGUUUAAAAAAGUCUAGUUCCGAUAUCGACUCUUCGGUAUGUGAUGCCGAGGAAGCUAUUCGCACUGCGGUUAAUACAACUGAACCAUGGGGUAUUCAUCCAGUUGAUCAAAGCACACCAUGGAAUUGUUCUGAAGCAAAUGGUGACUGCUUGUCAAUACAUUCCUCUGGACCGACUACAGGAUCUCCACCUGUGAGUGAAACAUCUACUGCAUCACGAAUUUCAGGUCAUAAUCAAUCUAGUGGAGUGUCAACUAUCCAGCCGACAGGUUCUCAGUCAUCUUUACAUUCCAGGCGUCUUAGCUCCACAGCUUCUUCAUUUAACAGAGAUCUAGAGUCAAAUGUUUGGCCAAGUGAACCUCCAAACGGUACUGGGAUUUGGGAGUCCCAUUAUGAAAGUCUUGGUGAGAGAACUGCCCGAUGGCAUCAAAAUAGUAGUAAUUCUACACAAACAUCUCAGGCUCCAUUUUUAUCACAACUUAUCAAUCCUCCUAAUUUCACUUCUAAUCAAACUUCACAUCCCACUAUUAGAUCUCGACCUCAACAAGGUCAACUGCCACCAAAUACUGAAAGUUUUCGUGGAAUCAAUCGUGCAGUCCCGGGGACUAUAUUUCCUUUGGGACAACCACCUUCAAAUUCGAGUGUUAUGAAUUUGGGAACAAGACCGAUUUUCGGUGGAAAUCAUCCAAUAGGACCUGCUAAUAGUAAUAUAACGGGAACCGGUAGUGGUGGUGGUUCAUCUAGAGGUUUCCCAAUAGCUAAUCCGGUGAAUCUUGGUUCAGGAGUUUCUUGGCCCUAUACCUCGGGAACACAACCAGUUGACCCUUCUGUUCCUGGGAUUAAUUUCGGUAAUAAGUCUCGGUGGCCCGGACAGAAUAUGAAUCGUUUACCUGGUAAGCAACAACAUCCAACACCCCAUGUAAUGCCUAAUAUGACUUCUACUGGUAUGAGAUGGCCUCCUGGUGCAACAACUACACAUAUGCAAGGCAUAUGGCCACAUACAGACCAACGACGCCCAGGCACUGUUCCAGGACCUUGGUCAACUAAUGCUUCUGGGAUGGAUAGUAGUAGUGCUGGAGGAUUUUUCAAUCAACCUACUCAAAGCAUAGCUCCUCGAGUUUCGCAACAAAUUGGUACCUCAGAGUUUCCUUCGUCAUUAACUCCCGCUCGUGGUGUAAACCAGUCAUUUAGAACGCCUCAAAGUGCCUUCUAUCCACCCAUAACUCCCGGUUUUUCGUCAACACCCAUGUCACAACGUAUGUUUAUGAGUCCACAACAGCAUUCACAUCAAUUACAACAACAGAGUAUGAUUCGUGCUCAUGUAAUGCGUCAACUUUUUAACUUGGGUUUUACUGAAGAUGAAAUACAACCUAUAUUCGCUGAUACAAAUACAAAUGUGGAACGAGCAUUGAUUGACUUACGUGAUCGAUCAGGCCAUCCAGGUAUUGAUGAAUUAAUCAAUGCGCUGAGACCAAUCACUUCCAAUUUGUUGCCUACACUUAAUUCAAAUGAUGUUAGACAACAAUCAGAUCUUCCUGGACAAAGUACAAAUCCCAAUCGUUCUAUUAAUUCAAUGCGAGGAAAUGAGAUGAUGAAAUCUAAUAUACCAGUUAGUAAUAAUAAUCAACCUACAGAAAAUUUAGAAUUAUCAUUACAAUUACUUCAACAACGUGAAACACAAAUACUUCAAACUAUUGUACAAUUACAUUCAAAACAUCAAGAUUUAAAUCAAAAACUCUCGCAUAUUCGUUCAGCAACGAAUGUUCCAUUUGCUACAAAUCCUGUUAUACAUGAAUUACAAUUACAAGCAUUUCAAGUUGGUCAACAAAUCGAUGCUCAACAGGCUCAAUUAAAACAUGUACGUAGUCAAGCUGGUAUGCUACGACAAAUUACUAUGUCUUCAUCAAAUUUAUCUAAUCCAUCUCAAAAUUUAAACACUACUAAUAUUACCACUGUUACACCAUCAUCGUUAUUAACAAGUAGUGGUAUGAUUGUUGGCGGUGGUACUACUGGUCAAACAGUUACUAAUGUACAACACAUAAUUCCUAAUUGUUUAACAGGGACAACUAAUCCAGUCAAUUGUAGUGGAUUUAAUUUAUUGACUAAUAGUAAUAGUUCAUCAAUAUCUUCCACAUCUGCAUUAUCAUCAUCAUCAUGGUGUCCUAUUUCAACACAAAGUGGCAAUAUGAUUAGUGGUUGUAACAAAACAAAUCAACCAUUAAAUAUUUCUGUAGUCGGUAGUAGUAAUAAUAAUAAUAAUAAUAGUUCGGAAAAUAUUGAUUUUCUACCGGAUCAAUCAAAUUUUAAUAUGAAUUCUUUAUUAUGGGAAUCUAGUCCUUGGUCGGGUUCUAGUCCACAAUUACACGAGAAUUUUUCAAAUAAUCGUAAUUCAUUAACAACUGACAGGCGUUGGACACCCUCUGGUAGUAGUGGUGGUGGUGGUGGCAAUGGUGGAGUUGUUGGUGGCGUCAGUGGCAAUAGUAGCAGUAGACUACCACCACCGUUUAUAUCAUCUCAACUCUCAUCACUUGGUGAUCCUAGAUGGUCAGAUAUGAUGAACGAUGUCACUAAUUCAAUGAAUGAUACAAGACGACAAUCGUUUGGUGCUGCUGUUAAUGAAAUUGACGAAAUACACAACAGUGGUAUAGAUUAUCAUCCCAUUAUUCCCAUUUCUAUAUCGAGUAAAUCAUGGCUUCUAGCGCAUAACAUUCCACCGCAUAUAUCAGUUGGAAUGUUAAAAAUGACUGUAUCCUCAGCAUUAAACAAUCAUAUCCUUCGAUCUGUGGAAUCCAGUGAUAGAAAUUCUAAUACUACUUCUAUUGGUAGUAAUGGUAAUAAUAAUGAUAUUGAUUUUGAAAUUCAUCCGAAUAUGUCAGCACGUUGGGUUCUGCUAGGAUUGAAUAGUCCUACACAUGUGUCUAUUGUUCAUGACACUUUAGAAGGUGGUAAUAGUAAUAAUAAUAAUAAUAACGGACAACAACAGACUACUGGUUGUUAUGGAUCAAUUAAAUUAAUUACACCUACUGAAGCACUACUUCAUCUACAAGAGAUUCAGUCACUAGCUUCUCGUCUGAAAGGUUUAAAUGCUGAUGGAUCUCAGUCAACUUCAUCGGCCACUAUUCAUUCCAUUUCACAAUUAUCAUCAUCCAAUAUAAUGAGAUGUGAUUUUAACACCAACCAUAAUAAUAAUAAUAUACCAAAUAGUGAAUCAAAUCAUUUAUUAAUUGGGAUAAAUGCCACAACUAUUAAUAAUUCUUCUGGCAGUUCUUCUCUUCCUCUUACAAUAAUAAGUACUACUACUACUACUACUGCUAAUACCCCUGCUAACACUGUUGUCACAACUGUCAAUAAUCAUAGUUCCGAUGGUUAACAUCACUAUCAACUAUCCAGAUUCUAAUGUUUUUUUGUUUUUGUUUUUUUGUGAUCAAGAUAUUAGCACCGGGACCGAUCCCUAUUCCGUCGCCGCCGAUUAAUCCACUAACAAAUAUUCACAUUUAUCAGUCACUUUACAUGUAUCUGUAUGUGUAUGUGUGUGUGUCUGUAUACACUCUCUGUGUUAAUGGGUGUUCAACUUGUUUCCUAUUAUUAUGAUAAUUAGCAUUAUUAUUUAUGGUAUUAUUCAUAGAAAAAAAAAUUACAAAGCAUUUGGUAUUGCUUGUUAUUUUUUCUUUUUUUUGUUUGUUUUUCCUUUAUUUUUUUUUUGUUACAUCGUCAUUAUCAUCAUCAAUAUCAAUGACACGAUAAUGUUUACAUUAAUGUAUAUCAGUUAUUCAGUCAGUGCCUCACAGAACUAAAAGAAAGAACACUUGAUGAAAUAGAUUUCCACAUGAUGUAAUUUAUAUACAUAUGUUGUCUAUCUAUCUAUCUCUUACACUCUUACACUCUUAGCUCAUUAUAGAAUUUCAUUCAGUGAUAACAAUACAUUGUAUCAAUGAAAUGAUAAAUAAUAAAUAUAGUUAUUUGUAAUGCGCCCAACUUCUCUGUCCACCCACCCCUACCCUCAUCUAAAUUCCACUGUCCCCCCCCAUCUUAUACCUGUUCUGAACAAUAACAACAAACCCAUAUUUUCCUUGUCAUCUUGUUUGUUUGUUUUUAAAUUGAUACUUCGACUCCUUUGUGUACUUUUCUUCCUUCCCCCCUCUCUCUAACGCAUAUAUAUACACACAUCUAUAUAUAUAUAUUGAAAUUGUUUUUUAAAAAAAAGAAUAAUGAUGAUAGUUUACAUAAAUUACGGUAAUUUGUUGUUGUUGUUGUUUUUUCUUUGUUUAAUUCGUAUGAUUGUUUUCCCUUUCUGAAUUUAGUUUUAUUAUUAUUUUUUGUUUUCUUUUGUUUUGUUGUUUACUUAUCAAUUUGUUAUUAUAUUUUUUAAUCACAUGAAAUUGAUGUUGUAUGUGUUUGUUAGUUGUGUAUUUUGUUUUGUUUUCUUUGUUCGGAUCAUGUUGGCAAUAAUGAUGAUGAUGAUGAUAAUAAUAGUAAUGUGAUUGUAGUUCGAUCUUAUCUCCACCCUCUUUCUACCCCCCCCUUCGUCUUGUUUACGAACAAGACGUACAUAUAUAUAUAUAUAUAUAUAUAUAUAUAUAUAAUGUACACAUGAAUACAUCAAUUAUAAGGUAGCUAAUAAUCGUGUUUGGGUAUGCAUUAGAAAAACAUAUGCACAAUAAUCAUGAUUUUGUAAUAUAUAUAUAUUAUGCAACAAUUUAUGAGGUUCUAUUAUAGUAAUUUUCUGACUUAUUUCAUUGAAUAUUAAAUAAAUGAAAGGAUGGAUAUUCCAUUGUGUUUAUGUUUUUACAUUAAAAUUUUACAUUAUCAUGUUUGUAUGUUUAUUUGUUUCAUACUCUUGUCCGGUUCUUUAUUAGCUAACUAACAGUCCUUUUUCUCUUUCUUUCUUUAUUUGGUCUACAAAUUUUGGAUUUUGCAUGAUUUCUAUUAACCCGUUAACUGGAUCUUUUGUGAGAUUGUAUUUCUAUGACCAUGGGUAGAGAGGUAUGUGUUUUGUUAUCAUGUGAUUGAUAUCUUGAUAUGUUUGCAAAUUUUCGUUUCCCACCCCUCCCCUAACUUUUUUUUUGUCACUUGAGGAAGAAAAAAUAAACAAGGCAUUUCUUAUGUUCUCACUCUUUUCUAUACAUACAUACAUACACACACACACUGGCACACAAAACUCGUGUAUACGUUUACUUAUCUUCUCCUCUUAAAUAAAUCUGUAGUAUAAUCUAUCAGUCAAUUUAUAUUUGUUCAUUAAAAUGUUUUGUUGAUUACCGCCCUUUUUAAAUUGUAUUAUUAUUCAUCUAUCCUAUUCUGUUGAUGUUAUCAAUGAUAUAUUUGGUCAGGAUUUAUUUACAAAUCAUUGAUAUCAUUCGAUAUUGUUACAUCGAUACUCUUACAUUUACAUAUAUAUGUGUAUAUAUACUAGAUGUACUUAAUAAAUUGUGUUUGUGUAUGUGAACUAUUCCUAUUUCUGUAUUUUUAUAUACAUAUGAGUAAUUGAAAGGGGAAAAAAAAGUAGUAAUUGUGCCUUUGUUUUUCAUAUAUUUUAUCUAAUACAACAUGACAUUAGUGUUUUUUUACUUGUACUACUUAUAAUGGUUUACUACUUAUAAUAAUCAUCAUCUAUAAUGUAUAAUUUUCAGUUAAUGGGGUGGUGGUGCUUGUUUGUUUGUUUAAUAUUGGAAAAUGAUCAAUUGGAUUCCUUACGUCUAGAUGGAUUGAUGUGUAUGUACUACAUGUAAAACACCUUUUUUUUAAAAAUAAAAAAAACAACAAUCUAUUAUGCGUAAUAUACAGAUAUGGGUAAUGUUUGAUUCUGUUUAGGCAUUUGUUAAAUUUAUCCAACAUCUUUCUAUUUCUUUUUUAAUUGUUUGCCUUCUGAAAUUGAUUGUGUGUGUGUGUGUCUGUAUGUGUACGUUUACAUUCACCGCUGGAUAUAAAUUAAAAUAAAUUAAUGGUUUAUCUGUUGCUUUUCUUUAAAAAGUUUUUUUCCUUUUUCUUGGAAUAGUCCUCAUCUAAAUUGUUGCUGUGUUUCCUCUCUCUCUCUCUCUCGUUAUUUUGCUGUAUCCUAGUGAUAUGUGUAUGUAAUUUCUAUUUACAUACAUAUUUAUGGUGUACUAUAAUUAAAUCUGUAUGUGUUUAUUCAUUUUGCAUUUCUAAAUAUGACAUGCUUUUCACGUUUUUCCUCCUUCUCCUACACUUACACCUACUCCUCCUCUUGUGAGUUCCUUAGGCCCUCCCUCAAUGUACGACGAUGUGUGUGUACACGUUUGUAUUAUCAUUUUAUUCACUAACAUUAUUCAUUGAAAGAAAAAUUACUAAUAAUACUCUAUACAUAAAUAUUCAUAUACAAAUGCAUAGAUUCUAUUUGUUACCCUUUCUAUUGACUUUUGUUUUUUUCUUCAUAUUAAAAUACUAGAAUUCAGAUUAGUUGA